CUCACAGCUUCUGGGUAGCAAGUUCUGUACAACACAAGAACACAAAAUGAAACUGUUCAUCGUCUUAGCCGCUGUUGCUUUGGCCCAGGCCGCCAAACUGGACAGGACCUACCUCCCACCUAACGCUCAGGCUUCAGCAGGAUCUGCUUUCCUGGAUGCUCCUCGCCAGUCCAACGGAUUCCAGGGCUUCGAAGCUCGUCCCGUGGAGCGCGCUCAGGCUGCCUUCGAGAGGAACGCUGCCAUCCUUCGUCAAGACAACUCCAAUGAUGGAGAGACUUACGCGUAUGCUUAUGAGACUGAGAACGGUAUCUCCGGCGAGGAGAACGGAGUGGCGACCAACGGAGUGCAGGCUCAGGGCAGCUACUCCUACACUGGGGAUGAUGGCAAGGUCUACUCUGUGAGGUACAUCGCUGAUGAGAACGGUUUCCAACCCCAAGGUGACCAUCUUCCCACUCCUCACCCCAUCCCUGAAGAGAUCCUGAAGGCUCUGGAGCAGAACGCUCGCGAUGAGGCCGCUGGCAUUUUUGAUGACGGAUCUUACAGCGAGGCUAAAUACGAUAGCAACUCCCAGCAAACUUACUACGACAGCAACGCUCAAGCGAUAAACUUCAACAAAGCUGACGCUGUUGUUACCAACUCCGCUGGUCUUCGCAAUGAUGCUCCCUUCGUUCAACGCAACAACCAGAGGAGUGGAGUGCAACAAACCGCCUUUAACAGCAACGCUCGUGCUGCCCAAAGCUCCAGCUCCAGCUCUGCUGCUGGAGUCCAGAAAACGUACCUCCCGCCUUUCGCGCAGAAGGCUGGAGCGAGACAAUCCUCCUUCGACGCUAGAGCCGGCUACCGAUACUAG